AUGUCCAAAAGGACUUAUCCCUUCCAACCGGGACAUCCUGUUCCUUCCAGACGAUCACGAUCACGAUCACGAUUACGGAUCCUCUCAAAAGAUAUCCCAUAUCCCUACCUGGUAAGACCAUGUGGACGAGAAACGUCUUUCGAUAUUGUCGAUCCAGGAGGAAGAUAUUCCCACAAACCUUCAGCAUGUGAGAAGGCUAAUCGUUCUUUUCAAGGUAAAACUAGCUUCAAUGAUCCUAACCAAAAUCAUAAUCACAAUCACAACUAUAAUCAAAGGAACUCACAUUCUCAUUCACGUUCACAUUCCCAUUCACAUUCGCAAUCGCGUUCUCAUGCCUAUUUGAAUGACGAUUCUAGCUUGGAGAACUAUUCGCUGCGUUUCCCACUUUCAGAGCCGAUACGGGUUUCCUCCGAAUCAUCUCGAAUACCCAACUUCAGAUCUAGUGCUCACCGAUCAGAACAUAGUUCCUCACUGGAUGGUAAUCAUUCGUCCGCUACUUCUCCCACAGAGACUCGGGGAUACCAUACCUCGGACUCACGAGGGAGGUUUUCUACUCCAGCCAAAGGCGGUUCCUUCUCCUUUCAUGAUGGCACUUCGUCCAAGGCCGCAAGGCAUGGUCAGCGCCAUAUCGAAAUCGGUCCAGGAAGGAAAUUCACCAGAAGACAAAAUACUUCUUCUGGAGCUCAUACAUCGUGUAACGAUAAGCGGGCUUUCCCCUCAAAUUGUACCGUUUCCCUAUCUUCUAUCACCAAUUGCCCAAUGUCCAGUCAAUAUGGAAGUAGCGCUUACCAAGCACCAAGUCCCGGACUCGCCUCUCAAGCUCAAGCUGGUAAUCAAACGCAAAGCGCAAUCUUUCCCGCAUCCCGAACCCCUCAACCAGGCCAUCUUCGGGCUUCAAAGUCCUCAUCUGUGAAUAACUGCAUGAGCUUUGCUACUGGUCAUGAUUCCUCUAUACAACAGAGAUUUCUCAGCAAAGAACAAGUGCACAGACGCGCCAGUGAAUUGGAGAGAUGUAUUCCUUCCUCUUCAUCUUUUGAUCCGGCAAGCUCAAGUACACCACGGGCUGUUAGAAACGUUCUGGGAAAACAAUCAGAAGCUGCCCAUUUCGUGAAAGACUUUUCAGACAGAAGAUCCAUAAGAAAACCUCUUGCCCCGAUCGACGUCAGCGAGUCCCCGAGCAACUCAAGUACUGAGUCGGAAUAUGAGCAACGCUCGAUAACUCAGCUACCAGUAUUUCCAAGCUCCCCACUGCAUCAUUUGGGAGAAAUCAGCAGGAAGAUGCACAGACAAUCCCCUAAACCACAUGAAGUCAAGUACCAUAGCCUGAACAAAGCCAGAACUCCACAAAGGGAACGAUUCGUACAUAACGCCACGGACCGCUCAUCUCCACCAUCUUCAUCGAGCAUGAUCCGGAAAACAGGGCAAGGAUCCUCAGUCAAAGCUUUACCGGCAUCGCAAAGGAAGUAUACGAGCCGCACUACAUGGGAAUAUGAUAAAGACAGAGAAAUCCGAAAGUUGCACAAGAUGUUGGAAACCCUUCAGCAAGACGUGUACACUAUAAAGGCGGCUCACCAAGCUGAAAUAGCUGAGAUCCACAAAAGGUAUUCAGAAGCGACCAUUCCCACUUCCACGAAACCCACUACAUUUCGGAGAAGCGAUGAAGACAAACCCAGUAUACGCAAAGAGACAGCCAGAACCCUUCGUGGGCUAUCAGCAAUUAAGUUCGAAGAGCAGGUGCAAAUGGAGAAAAGUAAGACGCCGACGCGAAUGCCAAUUCAGCAACCAAAGAGCAUCUCAACUCCUCGUGUAUCUAAUGUAGAAACGAAGCGCAACUUGAAACAGCAAGAAGAAGAGAAUCAGUUAACUUUGGACAUUAUCCGACAAGAAGAAGAGGAAUUGCAACAGUACAUCUUCGAAUAUUACAGUGAAAAUCAGCGCGAACUGUGGAAUUCUCCAGCAGAUGAGUGGAAUGUGUUCAAAGUCGAACAGGAAGAAAAAUACUUGGACCCUGAAAAUCAUUACGGAAGUGAUGUUUGUGAAGAAAUGCAGGGGAGUGUACCACCAUCUCAUGUCGUCUCAUCAAAAGACUGGUGGGAAGAAGAAGAGAAUGAUUGGGCAAUGGCUAAUCUCAUUCAACAACAAGACGUUGCGAAUGCUCACGAAGAGGAAGCGGAGUGGAGCAAGUACAGGGAGAGGUUGUUCGGUGUACGUGGUGAACACCAAGAAGAGGAGACUGAUGAAGAAGUCAGAAGCACGUGGUACAGCACAGACGCUCUCAAUCGCGCCGACGGUAGAAUAUGGUCCAAGCCCGAAGAGUACUACGGACAAGGUUUAGUAAUGACAAAAGUAAAGGAGAUUCUCACUCAAGAAUUCAAUCGAGUGAAGAUGUUGAUACUCAAGAGGGUAUUGAGAUGCCACAAGCCAUUAGUGCAGAUGCGAUUGGGAUAG